AUGCAUGCUUUUCAGUUCCUUUUUCAUCUGGAGUUUUCCGUUGCCUGCAUUCUUUGUCAGAUUUCCGCUGUGGGGGAGCGAGCGUGUUGGGAUGACGCACGGCCGGCAGUCACAGGCGUGUGGCUGCCUCCUACCCGCCCUGCUGACCACGCGCUCGGAGGCAAGCCGCUGAGGCAGCACUGCGACGAGGCGUCUUCCUCCCACGUGUGCUGGCUUCUCCCCCUGCGUCCAUGGGGGCGAGGGGGCAGCGCGGCGGGGCAGCAGUGGAGGCGUUCUCUGCUAAAUCCCCGCCUUCCUUCCUUUAGGGCUUCACGGGGGCAGCGCGGUGGGGCAGCAGUGGAGGCGUUCUCUGCUAAAUCCCCGCCUUCCUUCCUUCAGGGCUUCACGAGGGCAGCGCGGGGCGAGGUGGCAGCGCAGGGGGCAUCAAGAGGCGCCUCUUUGCAAUAA